UUUCGUGUGUUAUCAUUGUAAACGAGACUGGACCAAACACAAGGAUCUCAAGUCGAUGUUGUCCGUUAGUUUACAAAUGUAGUAAAUUUAUAUUGCUAAGACUCCAGUUAUUCCAGAUGAAGAGACGAAAAUCCUACGAUAAUCGAGAGUGCUGGAAUAAAUGAUCGGACAUGUGAAUUAGACGGUGUAUUUCGUACCUUGCACUUUUUCGAAUUCAACAGUGAAUCGUGUUUCACUACUGUCAACGUGCAUCACGCAACAAUGUCGAAGUUGCGUUUUUGCCCUAGAUAACGUGGUUCUGGUACCACCGAUAAUUAAAUAGGCCUUGGCACUGUGCCCGGCAAUUUAUACUCGAUGGAUCUUUUCCAAACGCCUUGAUUCCAGCGGUAUUUACCCUCGAAGUAUAAACAGCCAAGUCGAGCACUCGAGAUUAAUUUAUAAUCAUCAGCAGCUACGUCAUCCAAGUCUAAGCCUAGACCCAGACCUAGACCUAAAAAUGCUUGCACGUAGGCGGUUCCACAGAGAAGACAUCACGUUUAGCGACGAGCGUCGAUUCUUCAUAUCGAUCGAGAGUCAAAGAUGGAUUACUCGACACUAUCGGGCCUGCUUACAGCGGCUAACCCACUCAAGCUGUAUGUGUAGUGUACUACACAAGUUGUGCAUGGGUUACGUGUAAAGCGAACGGGGCCCACGGAAAUUUAUGAUCGGCUGUGGCUCUGCCUCGCCAGUUAUAAUACCUCUAUGCUCGCCAGCCCAACGCCGAGCCCAAAAGAUAACGGUGGCGCCAUCUUCUAUCACUGAAUUUUCGCGUCGUAAAAUAUCAGUAAAUAGAGAUUAACGAACAACGGAGUUGCAAUUGACCUAUUCGGGCUGCUUUUUUGUUGUGGGUGAAAUAAAUUCUAGUGGUAUUUAAGUGCCGUGAAUCGUUUGACAACCAAAAUGCUAUCGCAGGUGUUUCAGCCGUAGCCAUGUGACGUUGAGAGUGUGUGAAUACGUGUAUCAGCUGUCAACGGAAUAUUUUAUAAUAAUGUUUUUCGUUACUUUCGAUUUAACUGUAAUCUUCCACUGCUAUUUCGCCCACAACAAUUUUGAAUAAAGAAUCAUUUCGUCACAAAACAUUUGAAAAGUAUGCUCUCGUCUUUGAGAAUUCAUCAUGCCAAAUUCACUUGUACGUGUGCACAGACACAAUACAAGACAUCGCGAGAUUCGCUCUUAACUGGCAGAGAUUUAUUCGCUGCCUCUACCGAUGAAGGUUUCAUCCUACAUGGUGAAACUCCAGUUGUCUACAAUCAAAGCCAGGAAAAGGAUACCAGAAUGGUUGAAAAAUCUGAAAGUCGUGUUGAACCGAAAGUUACGCCACACAAUGGAAUAACCAGGGUGUGUCAGGUGGAUAAUGUAACCGAAAAUCCUCACGAGUUCAUAGUGAAAUAUAAGGGGCGAAAGUACGACAUUCAGAACCUUCUAAAAAAACAUCCCGGGGGAAGCAGGAUCAUGAAACCAUACAAGGGCUUGAACGUCGAUGAGGCGAUGGUUACGAACUCUCAUUCCAUCGCAGCCUUUCAUCUCUUUGAGGAAUUCGUACAAAGUAAUCAAGAGGAGUACCAGGAAAUCGAAAGAUUGGUCGACUGGAAUGCUCCACUGUUGUCGCAGGUCGGCUCUCUAAGGGAUCGUUACUGGGAAUGGGUGAAUCUUCCAGUAAACAGGCCCAUCCGUCUCUUCGCAUCAAACGGCCUCGAACGUCUCACAGUCACCCCAUGGUACAUGGUACCCGCUGUCUGGAUCCCAAUAAUCUUUUUCCUUCUAUAUCGGGGCUGCUCGAUAGAUCUCAAAGGAAAUUUUGUCGAUUCCAUACCGCAAAUUUCAUUUGCCAUUAGUUGGGGCAUCCUCUUGUGGACUUUCCUUGAAUACACGCUACAUCGAAAGCUGUUUCACAUGAAACCCCCAGCGAACUCAAAGAUUUUUAUAACGCUACAUUUCCUUCUGCAUGGUCUCCACCAUAAAGCGCCGUUUGAUGAACAGAGACUGGUAUUUCCCCCGGUCCCUGCGAUGCUGUUGGCCGUUGUCUUUUACACUGCUUACGAGAUGGUGUUUCCCGUUGCGAUGAUGAACUUCGCAGCAGGUGGAGUCGCAAUCGGCUACUUGUGCUACGACAUGACGCACUACUACUUGCAUUACGGAUCGCCGAAAGCUGAAACUUAUAUGUACGUGAUGAAGAGGUAUCACAACUAUCACCACUUUUCAUACCACGAUGAAGGUUUCGGUAUAAGCAGCAGACUGUGGGAUUACGUUUUCGGCACGGCGAUAACGUUGAGAAAUUUGAAGAAGGCGAUCGAAUGGUAAAGUUCAAGCAAUACUGUGCUGACGAACGUAAAAUGUUAUUCUAUUUUCAAUACAAUUUUGUGUAUGUUUUAUUGUUAUAAUAAUAACUCUAAUGGUAAAGAUAAUGUGUUUUUAUCGUAUUACGAAUAGAGUAAUGAUAAAUCGGAGUACAAGUACGAAAUAAAUAAUGUAUUCAAAAUUUAUGUACAUCGUUAUGCGACACGAUUCAAUAACAAUAAUAUUGUAUUUCAUUAAAUUAAUAUCAGUAUGAGAUUUUUUUUAAGUACAUGUAUUAAGGAACAAGUGUCAUGAAAACAUAAUUUAUAAGUGUAAUUAAUAUGUAUGCUCUUUGUUUUUACUAUAUUGUAUACUAUGUAUACGAAGUUUUUGAGAGAGAUUAUUACUUUCUGAAUAAAUUGAUUAAGUACCAGAGUGUUUCACGUACAUUAAUAAUUCGAAUCGACACGCUACCAGAUACAUUUUCAGCCAU